GAGGACCUGGAGUGCUACAAGAAGAACUCUAGCAACUGGCGAUGUAUAGAAUACAAUGGGGAAGCUGUCUGUGACUGUGGUAUCGGAUACACCUUUGAUCCUAUCACAACCGAAUGUAAAGGUGAGAACCUUAGAACAUCUGAAUCACUUAGCCUUCUUGAAAGAUUCCACAAUUGUUCUGUACCAGCUGUACCAACUGUACCACCCUGGCUGUUAAUCUGGUCAUCAAUCAUCCGUAUUCAUUUAGAGGCCAUUGAUAAGUUUAUUUAUUCUUUGGAGUUUGUUGGUAGGCUACAUGACCCUGGUGUUCUUUAAAAAAAAAAAAUUCCCAUGAUGCAAGUUGUGGCUUUAUUAAUAUGUUUAUUAUAAAUGAAUUAGGCCAUAUAUUUAUCUACUAAUAAUCACAUGUUGCAAUUGCUAAUAUAUUGAAAAUUGCUGCAAAAUAAACUAAAUGAAUUAAUAUAUUUUAUUUCAGCUGUAAAAUAAACUAAACAAAUUAAUAUAUUAUUAUUUCAGCUGUAAAAUAAACUAAACAAAUUAAUAUAUUUUAUUUCAGCUGUAAAAUAAACUAAACAAAUUAAUACAUUUUAUUUCAGCUGUAAAAUAAACUAAACAAAUUAAUAUAUUAUUAUUUCAGCUGUAAAAUAGGCCCAAACCUAAUAAAUGUAUAUAUUGUUAUUUCAGCUGUCAACAAAUGUGAGAGUGGGUCGACCCCAUGUGGUAACAACAGUUUGUGCAUAGCUACUGGCCCUGGGAAAUUUAAUUGUGUUUGCUUUGAAAACUUCACGGGCGAUGGAUUUAUCUGUAGACCCAUUGAUCCUUGUCAAAAAGACAAUGGUGGGUGUGAGGUCACUACGUACUGUAGAUUCACUGGACCAAAUCAGGUGAGGGUUGAUUUCAUCAUAACAGUAUGUCUUAAUUAAAAUCAUAAUUGAUAUCCGAAAUUAAUUAUAUUAAAACAGUUUAUUAAAUGAUUAAAGUGCUUAUUUCUGGCUACAUUUAGGAAGAAAAGUCUUUAAUAUGAUGUUAUCAAAGUUAAUGGGCAUAAUAUGGUCAUUCUAGACAGUUUUAUCUACAACUCUAAUGUAUUGUAUUCAUUCAUCUUCGCAGCAUGCUUGUAUUUGCAAUGUGGGCUUCACAGACUACGUACCUGGACAAGGCUGCAAGUUAAUAAAUAUGUGCACACCAGCUAAAUGCCCAAAGAAUUCUGAUUGUGAAACAUAUGCC